GAUGCUCCGUCUCUUCGUAUCACGUCCCGUUGCUGCUGCUCUCGCCGUUGCGAUGGCCCGCGGAUAAACAGGGCACCAGCCGCACCAGCCGCACCAGCCGCACCAGCCGCACCAGCGGCGUGUGCGGGAAGCGACCUGUCCUCGAAUUGCGAGCGGUCGUGGCGUGCGGCGACAUUUAUUUAUUUAUUUUGUGCAACAAUUCUGUGAUCUGACGCGCGAGCUGUGAUUUAGCGGCGCUCCAGGUCGUGUCAUCACAACUCUUGGACACUCAUCUCCAUCGCCUCCAUCACCUCCAUCAUCACCAUCAUCCCCAUUAUCGCACACUGUACCUGCCUCCCCUCUCCCCGAGUGCGUGAGCUGUGAUUUGCGUGCUCCCUGCGUUUUGCUUAAAAGUCUCCCUGCUGCUGCUUCUGCUGCUGCUUCUGCUGUUGCCUCUGCGUCAAUUUGUCUCAAUUUGCAUCCUAAACGUUUCUUCGCCUCGCGUCGUCUCCCUCCUCCCAUCUCCAUCGGCUCUCCUCCACCCUCCCGCGUCCCACAUCACCCGUCCGCGCCGCACAUCUCGGUCCGUCCGUCGCCCCCACGCCCACCACCACCUCUCCCCGUCCUCCUCUCUCCCUCUCCUCCAUCGCCUCUCUCUCUUGCUUCUUCUCUCUUCUGUCAUCUCUCCUCUCCCUCUCACCUCGCGUCCCUUUUUCCUCUCUCUCUCCUAUUCUUCUCCCCUCCCUCCCUCCCUCUCUCUCUACUCCCCCUCCCUCUGUCAUCCCUCCUCCCGCCCGGCUCUCGAUUUCCACUCGCGCUGCUCUCCAGCCAGGGCCGCCGCUCCUCCACCGAUGCCGGCCAUGAUCGCCACGGGCGGCCUCAUCCGCGGUCUCGCCGCGGCCACGCGGAAGCAGGAGGCCAUGCGGGGCCUGGACCCCGAAGGCGACCCCGGCUCCACGCGCCGCCAGCGCCGGCGGCGACGGCGGCGGCGCAAGAGGAAGCGCGAGGGGCGCGACGUGGUGCUGGUGCGAGGCCGCCUGCGCCUCGUGUCCCUGGCCGGGCUGGUGGCCCUGCUGGGGCUGCUGGUGCUGGCCCUGGGCAUCGCCCUGGCGGUGCUCGGGUACUGGCCGCCUCCAUCUGCGCCGUCGUCUCCGGACUCUGACGACGCCGCCCCCAAGGACGACGCCGCCGAGUCGAGUCGAGACAACGGCACCGCCGCCCGGGACCGGGUGCGAGGCUUCCACGGCGUCCGCGGCGAGAGGGGGCAGCGCGGCAGCGCCGAGGAAGUCCCCGCAGCGCGCAGCCUGCGCUGGCUGGCGGGGCAGAUGCUGAGCGCCGAGCGCAUGAAGGUGGUGGGACCGCUCGUGAUGGGAGUGGGGAUCUUCGUGUUCAUCUGCGCCAACGCGGUGCUGCACGAGCGCCGAGACCGCGACACGCGCCUCAUCCGCCUGCGCGACCUCUACUCGUCGGCCAUCGACGCGGCGGCCAACGGGGUCGCUGGCCUGGGGCCGCCGCCGCAGCAGCAGCAGCAAGCGCCGCUCGCCACUGUGGAGACCCUGAAGCCACGUGAUGAGAUGCGGAGAGCCCGAGGAGGAGGAGGAGUUGCUCUUCCUGGGGUCCCCUCCUCCUCCACCGCUUCCUCGCCGCGGCCACCCCGCGGAGACCCCCUUGUCCCGUCGGGGUCCAAGGCAGGGAUCCGCGGGGCUGCGACUGAGGGGACCCUGGAGAUGACCCGUGAGACGAGGUUUUGACUGCGAGAGGAGGUUUUGAUUCUGGAAGGAGGAGGAAUGAUUGUGAGGAGGGAGAGUUUCCCGACAUGAGCCCAGGAGACGCUUUCUGACCACGGGCUCACAUCAUCGCAUCCCAUUGCAUCCCGUCGCAUCGCGUCCCAUUGCGUGGCGUCGCAUCGCGUGGGCGAUUCGCCGCACCCCUUGGCUGGCGGUGAUGGAGACAUCGGAAAAGUUUGUUGCCGGAAUGGUCGGAAGGAACUGGAGCAGUGAUCAGCAACAAGUGGAUUCUGACCUUCGCUCUCCUCCCCUCUCUCCUCCGCGUUCCCCACCGCUCCCUGGGGUUCACCCGGGUUCACUGGAUACCUGCAAUCCCUGGUGUCACCACGUGGGAGAGGACGGGAGGGAGUUCUCGGAGCUGGGAACUUUUGGUUUGACACCCGGUCGCGGGUGGAGGACCCGGACGUGCCGAGUGCGUGUGGCGUGAAGCACUUUGUCUGGACUGAGCGGAGUCGUCGCGAGGUGCGUGGAGGGGUGAACACGGGGACGUUUGGUGUGGGAAACACACGAGUUCGACACCUGGGCAGCCGCGAUCCAUGGGGGGAGGGGACGGACGGGAGGGAUGACGGGUUAAGUUGGGGUGAUUCAGCCCAUCACCACAGUCCUCCGGUCGAUAAAAAAACUAUAAUCAGCACUUUUCGAUAAUUUAACGGCGUGUGUUUGUGUGUGUCACGGUCAGACUGGUCACCGUCAUAGGAACGUCCCAUUCCCACCACUGGCUAAGUGCCCCCCGCCGCCCACGUGAUGAGAGCAGCCAGGCGCGGCCACGUGGCCUCAGCGCCUCGCGACGCGCGGUGCUCGUGCAGCCCCUUGCGUCGCUCCACUGCUGGAUGAGGGCCUCCCCACGCCCUGCAGGUGCGGGGUUGGUGAGGGCGGGGAGCAGCGUAGCGGCCUACAGCAAGCAGCCUUGCACGAUGUUUCCCUUCCCAAUCACUCACCAGGCUCGACGCUUGCUCGGCUGCCCGAGAGGCGACGACUCUGCGGGCCAUUGGCCGUGGGCCACGCGCGGCUCUCUCCGCCGUCACGCUCCACGGGCGUUCUCUGGAUUGCAGCCGCUAGAGGCCGCUACAUUGACCGCGAUGUAACAAAUAUAAUAAUCGAUCAUCGACUCGCGAUCCAGAUUUUGCAAUCCCUGCCGGGGAGAUGGGAAUGGCGCGGGGCUCGUUGUGAAUGCGGCGACGUCGCUGGAGCGCUGUCACGGCGACCCAUCCGGAGAGGGCAGCCGCUCGACUCGACUGAUCGCGACCAUUUCUUUUCCUCCUAUUGCGCAACUGCUCGCUCAGCUGUGGACAAAGCAGCUGCGUCCGAUGAAUUUGAGAGCGACUUGGUCGCGUGGCAGACCCAGGAGAACCCGGGACCCGUGCAGCCGAAAGACACCGCUGCUAACUCCACAGGACCACGGGGUCUCUGUGUAAGAGGGACCUCUAAGGGACCCCCGAAUCCCUCUCAUCUGCCCUUCCCCCCGUGGCUAGAACCCCCACCCCCUUGUUUUUCGGACAAACUUCAUUAUCGCGGGGGUCUCGUAGUGGGGUUACGGGGGUUUGUACAGACACAGGGACCUCCCGUGUGUGUGUGUCCGGGGUUGAAGACCCCCUCUGACGACGGAGGCCGCGUCCCCCGAGACCCGAGAAGAUCCCUAUGAAGGGGAUCUCCGUCGGGCGUGAGAGUCGGCGUGUUGGGGCUCAGCGUCGUUAACAUUAACAUAGCACACAGCACAGACAGUUGACGUCACACACAGCACAGACAGUUGACGUCACACACAGCACAGACAGUUCACGUCAUACACAGCACAGACAGUUGACGUCACACACAGCACAGACAGUUGACGUCACACACAGCACAGACAGUUGACGUCACACACAGCACAGACAGUUGACGUCACACACAGCACAGA